UUUCUUCACAUGUGCUUGUGUUUUGUUUUCAUUUCUCACUUUGAUUCCUGAAAGGUCGAAAAAGUUGAAAUUUAAGAAUAACAAGAAUAUAUAAUAAAUUUAUUGCUGAAUAAUCUAUUUCCCCAAAAUGUCUUCUUGGAAAAAGGCAUCGAAGAGCAAUCAAAAAGUCCACAGGGAAAGACAUCAGCCAGAGUCACGAGCACAUCUUGGUCUCCUAGAAAAGAAGAAAGAUUAUCGCAAACGAGCCCGGGAUGCUGAGCGUAAGGCCAAGACUUUGCAAUUGUUGCACAAACGUGCUCUGAAUAAAAAUCCCGAUGAAUUCUAUCAUCAUAUGAUACGUUCCAAGUUGCAUGAUGGUGAACAUCAUGAAGAACAAGGCGAAAAGGAUGAGCACAGUAAGGAACAGUUAGCUUUGAUGGAGACACAAGAUAUCAAAUAUAUCACAAUGAAACGUACAAUGGAAGCUAAGAAAAUUAAACGAUUACAAUCUCAGCUGCACAUGAUCGAUUUCGCCAAUACUGUGCCCAAUAAACAUUUAUUCUUUGAAGAUGAACCGAAGAAAAAUGCUGAAUAUGUUGAGGCUAAGGAGCUAAGUGAUAUGGAACUGGCGGAACGUUUGGAAACCCAUCCCAGUAUGUUGGAUAGAAAAACAAAUCGUCCCAGAUUGAAGGAUUUGGAAAAGUUGCAAAUACCUGUUUUAAGUCCAGAGGAAAUCAAAAAGGCUAACCUUUUGAAACUGCAGUCAUAUCAAGAACUUUCGAAACGUAUAGAACGUGAGAAGGAAUUGGCAGUUGUGCAACAGAAACUUGAAAUUAAAAAGGCUCUGCAACAGCCUCGCUUGCUGAAACCUAGGAAAAAGAAACCUGGCACUAAGGAUUCUGCACCCGUUUAUAAAUUCUCUUACGAACGUAAGAAGUAAUUGGAGAGUACAUUUAAUAAAAAAACUGAAACAUCCUA